UCUGGUUCCAAGAAUCUAAAAUCUUAAAAGUAAUUCCUUUAAAACUUAUUUCGUGUUUAGGCACAGCAAAUGAAAUAACUAAAGGAUAAUCACAGGAAAGGAAAGGUUUUGCAAAAUGAAAGAAUGGACACUAUUAGGUAUACUUGUAAGAGUGGUUCUAAUUCUUCUGACCAUGCGGAGUUCAUCUGAUGGAUUCGUUUGUGAAAAAGACGCUGUUCACUGUCACACCUCGCUUAUAAUAGACAAUGCUUUUACAAUGAUUGAUCCGAUAAAUGGACCGCUUUUCGUAGAUGAAGGCACCCUUCGCCCAAUAUUACAGCCUGACAAAGAAGUUUCAAUUGAAAACGUUAUCACUGCAGAUGGCUGGAACACCACAUUGCCAUUGUUAACGGCUAAUAAGUCUAUGCCAGGACCUCCAAUUUUUCUUUACCAAAACCAGACUAUAACGAUCAUUGUCCAGAAUAAUUUGAUAAAUGAAGCUGUCACAAUCCACUGGCAUGGAAUAGACCAACUGGGAUGGCCAGCAAUGGACGGAGUGGCAUUUGUUACCCAAUGUCCGAUUUUACCUGGCCAAUUCUUCAACUAUACGUUUCAGCCUCGUUUUAGUGGUACUUAUUGGUAUCAUUCCCACGUCGGAAAUCAACGAGAUAUGGGCCUGUAUGGAGCGUUCAUUGUUCUAAAACGCAAGGGAGAAGUUCCAAUCAACAACCAGCACAUUAUUCAUUUGCAGGAAUGGAACCACAAGUUCGGGCCAAUUACGUUACUGAAAGCAAAUUUGAAUAACACGUCUAGUUCCUCCGAAUCUAUUCUGAUUAACGGAAAGGGCGAAUUUGAAAAUAACGAAGCGCCACAUGAGGUUUUCCAAUUAGAUAAAAGUAACAGUCAUUUGUUUCGGAUGAUAGGUGUUGGGUCUGCAGAUGUUCUUCUUUUCUCAGUUCCAGGGAUACCUCUUAUUGUCAAGGAAACUGACGGAUACCCAUUCGUUCCAAGAACAGUUGAUGAAAUCAUCAUUUAUCCAGCAGAGCGAUACGACUUCGAACUUGACUUGAAGAAUAUUAGAGAAGGAGUUUACAAUAUGACUGUACAUAUAUUAGAGAGGGAAUACCUUAAGAAAAGACAAAACGUUUUUGGUCUUGGUUUGAUAAACAUUACCAAUUCUUUAUCACUUCCAGUUAAUUCAUCAGCUUCCACAAGCAAUAUUAAAACUGUUCUGAAUUGCCCAUAUGAAGUGUUUCCCAAUGAAACAAAAAUCGAAUGCAUACCGGUUUCCUUUUUGAAAUCUCGACCCUCCUUUAGACUAGAGUUUGAUAUAGUACCUCCCACUCAGGAAACUUUUACUCACUUUUUAAAUUUUGGGUUUCCUAAAGAUAAGAAGUAUAGUUCUAUUAAUGGUAGAAAGUUUAUUUGGCCGACUGUAUCUGCUCUCACACAACCUUCAGAAGUCAACACUUCCUGUGCAAAUUGUGAUGCCGAAACCUCAUGCAAAUGUACUCAUGCAAUCAAUUUAAAGUCGGGCUCCGAAAUCAUUAUGGUCCUAUCAAACAUUGGAACCGGUGCAUUAAUGACCCAUCCAAUACACAUGCAUGGUCAUACUUUCGAAGUACUCAAGAUGGGAUUUCCUUCCGUCAAUGAAACUGGAUUUCUUAUUCCAAACAACGACAUACAAUGUAGUCUGACACUCGCAAAUAAUGAAAGUCAGUGCAACAACGCAACAUGGAGAAACGCAACCUGGAACGAUUAUCGGAGCAUUCCAAAUAUAAAUGUCGAGGAUCCAGUGCGAAAAGACACAAUCGUUGUUCCGUACGGGGGCUAUUCCAUAAUAAGGAUCUGGGCAACAAACCCUGGAGUCUGGUUUAUGCAUUGCCACAUCGAUCGACAUAUGAUAGAAGGAAUGGCUCUAAUGCUGAACGAGUCCUUUGAGAAUAUAGGAGAUUUGCCAAUAGGGUUGCAAACAUGCCAUAACUUUAAAAACCAGCCUUCAGCUCCAAAAAGUUUCUUUCAGGCUUCAGAGGAGAAUAUAAGUGAAAUGUCGUCUGCAACAAUUGGUUUGAUUGUGACGUCAGUGAUUUUGUUUCUAGCGCUCGUCAUCUUAAGUCUCAUUCUACUGAGAACUUGUCGAAAAUUGGGAGAACCAGGGCAAAGCAUGGACAUGCCAAUGAGCAAUAUAUCUGGUAGGGAGUAAAUUUCCAAUCAUACAAUACGCAAGAAGAUUUCAGCGACAGACAAUGUUUUGCAUCGAACAUGGAAAAAUGAUCUGUAAUUGUUCUGCUGGCUAAUUCAAUGAUGCUUGCAUUCAUUUGACAUUACACGCUCAAUUUUUUAUGAAUUUAGAAUGAAAGUAAAACGAAAGACAGAAAUGGAUAUUGUCGUAGAAUGUAUAAAGUAUAUUAACAUAAAAUAAAUAACUUCAACACAUUUGUUUGAAAUACUAUCAGAUAACUGCUCCACCACAACAAAAAUGACUGCCUUUUUAAAAAAAAAUACCAGUGCUAUAUAUCCUGUUCGAUUAAAAAUAUAUAUAUAUUUAUAAAGACUUUAAGCCUCAUUGUAUUUAUUUCUUUUUGAUGCUAUUGAUUGAAGAUGCAUUUCCAUUUAGAUGAAAUUGUUAUUACAGUGAAUUCGGACGUCUUUGUUUCAAGGCACUUGUCUAGAUAUGUAAAUCAUCCGGAUAUUUGAAACUUGUCAAUUGUUGAAUUACUUAAUAACGUGUCUGUUUGGAACUUAUGUUUAAUUACAAUCGGUAUUCGAUACUAGUAUGUAUUUAAUAUAUUACCUGAUUUUUAUACAGUUAAUAGAAGUGCCUUGAUCUAUAACAUUCAAUUAUAAUAAAAUUAAACUUCUUUAUGUAGAUCCAGUUCGUGAUAUCUUUACACAGCUUAUUUUUGUUUCCUCCCAAUGACAACAAAAUAUUUAUCUCUAAAGUGACAUUAUAUAAAUAGUGCCU